UUCUGGUUCAAGGACCAGACACGUUCUUCAGGUCGAGAAUGGAGAAGCACAAUUGCACUGUUUUCCGUACCAACUUUCCCCCGAGUUUCCCUUACUUUUCGAGAUCGGUAAACCCCAACGUCAUCGCCAUCGUAGACUGCAAGUCUUUCUCCCAUCUUUUCGACAUGGAAAUUGUCGAGAAAAAAGAUGUUUUGGUCGGCGACUUCAUGCCUAGCACCGAGUUCACGGGCGACACCAGGGUUUGCGCUUAUCUUGAUACCUCUGAACCUAAACACGCCCAGAUCAAGAGCUUUGCCAUAGACAUACUGAAGCGGGGUUCCAAGGUGUGGGUGAAAGAACUCCAUGUCAACCUCCACAAAUUCUUCGACGCCAUCGAAUUCUACACUGCCAAGGAGGCAGCUCAUCCUAUUCCCCACAUCUCCAAAACUUCAUCUUCAACUUCCUCACCAAGUCCCUCGUCGGCGCCGACCUCGCCAUCGACCCCGAAGUCAUCGUCCCUUCCCUCCACCUCAACACGUGGCUCGCCCUCCAACUCCUCCCCGUCAUGCCCUUCCACGUCAUUCAUGUUAGAAAUCAAACUUAAUUCUAACAAAGUCAAAAAUUACGGCUAUGGAAAAGUGAAGAAUUUCAACAAGGCAAGCAAAGUAUAA